AUGGCUACCAGGGACUGUGAUAUCGACGGAGGGGAAUCGCAUGGUAAAGCUGGAGACACCCCUGGGAAUACAGCGCCGUCAUGUGGAUCAGUUGCGGACACGACUAGCGGAAGUGCCAACGCAAAGGGAGAAUGCAACAAAGCUCGGCCGCAGUUCAGCGGAAACACAGCCGGCCACGGAGACUCGAGAAACAAGUGCAACGGCGCACUACAGUCCAGCGACUCCCCAGCCGGCCGCAUAACUCUACAAACGAGUGCAUCGGAAGCGGGCCCAAUGCAACUUCGGCGCUUGGUUCCGCCAAUUUCAUCGAGGGCGAAAAUGACUACCAGGGACUGCAAUAGCGACGGAGGGGAAUCGCAUGGUAAGACUGGAGACACCCCUGGGAAUACAGCGCCGUCAUGUGGAUCAGUUGCGGACACGACUAGCGGAAGUGCCAACGCAAAGGGAGAAUGCAACAAAGCUCGGCCGCAGUUCAGCGGAAACACAGCCGGCCACGGAGACUCGAGAAACAAGUGCAACGGCGCACUACAGUCCAGCGACUCCCCAGCCGGCCGCAUAACUCUACAAACGAGUGCAUCGGAAGCGGGCCCAAUGCAACUUCGGCGCUUGGUUCCGCCAAUUUCAUCGAGGGCGAAAAUGACUACCAGGGACUGCAAUAGCGACGGAGGGGAAUCGCAUGGUAAGACUGGAGACACCCCUGGGAAUACAGCGCCGUCAUGUGGAUCAGUUGCGGACACGACUAGCGGAAGUGCCAACGCAAAGGGAGAAUGCAACAAAGCUCGGCCGCAGUUCAGCGGAAACACAGCCGGCCACGGAGACUCGAGAAACAAGUGCAACGGCGCACUACAGUCCAGCGACUCCCCAGCCGGCCGCAUAACUCUACAAACGAGUGCAUCGGAAGCGGGCCCAAUGCAACUUCGGCGCUUGGUUCCGCCAAUUUCAUCGAGGGCGAAAAUGACUACCAGGGACUGCAAUAGCGACGGAGGGGAAUCGCAUGGUAAGACUGGAGACACCCCUGGGAAUACAGCGCCGUCAUGUGGAUCAGUUGCGGACACGACUAGCGGAAGUGCCAACGCAAAGGGAGAAUGCAACAAAGCUCGGCCGCAGUUCAGCGGAAACACAGCCGGCCACGGAGACUCGAGAAACAAGUGCAACGGCGCACUACAGUCCAGCGACUCCCCAGCCGGCCGCAUAACUCUACAAACGAGUGCAUCGGAAGCGGGCCCAAUGCAACUUCGGCGCUUGGUUCCGCCAAUUUCAUCGAGGGCGAAAAUGACUACCAGGGACUGCAAUAGCGACGGAGGGGAAUCGCAUGGUAAGACUGGAGACACCCCUGGGAAUACAGCGCCGUCAUGUGGAUCAGUUGCGGACACGACUAGCGGAAGUGCCAACGCAAAGGGAGAAUGCAACAAAGCUCGGCCGCAGUUCAGCGGAAACACAGCCGGCCACGGAGACUCGAGAAACAAGUGCAACGGCGCACUACAGUCCAGCGACUCCCCAGCCGGCCGCAUAACUCUACAAACGAGUGCAUCGGAAGCGGGCCCAAUGCAACUUCGGCGCUUGGUUCCGCCAAUUUCAUCGAGGGCGAAAAUGACUACCAGGGACUGCAAUAGCGACGGAGGGGAAUCGCAUGGUAAGACUGGAGACACCCCUGGGAAUACAGCGCCGUCAUGUGGAUCAGUUGCGGACACGACUAGCGGAAGUGCCAACGCAAAGGGAGAAUGCAACAAAGCUCGGCCUCAGUUCAGCGGAAACACAGCCGGCCACGGAGACUCGAGAAACAAGUGCAACGGCGCACUACAGUCCAGCGACUCCCCAGCCGGCCGCAUAACUCUACAAACGAGUGCAUCGGAAGCGGGCCCAAUGCAACUUCGGCGCUUGGUUCCGCCAAUUUCAUCGAGGGCGAAAAUGACUACCAGGGACUGCAAUAGCGACGGAGGGGAAUCGCAUGGUAAGACUGGAGACACCCCUGGGAAUACAGCGCCGUCAUGUGGAUCAGUUGCGGACACGACUAGCGGAAGUGCCAACGCAAAGGGAGAAUGCAACAAAGCUCGGCCGCAGUUCAGCGGAAACACAGCCGGCCACGGAGACUCGAGAAACAAGUGCAACGGCGCACUACAGUCCAGCGACUCCCCAGCCGGCCGCAUAACUCUACAAACGAGUGCAUCGGAAGCGGGCCCAAUGCAACUUCGGCGCUUGGUUCCGCCAAUUUCAUCGAGGGCGAAAAUGACUACCAGGGACUGCAAUAGCGACGGAGGGGAAUCGCAUGGUAAGACUGGAGACACCCCUGGGAAUACAGCGCCGUCAUGUGGAUCAGUUGCGGACACGACUAGCGGAAGUGCCAACGCAAAGGGAGAAUGCAACAAAGCUCGGCCGCAGUUCAGCGGAAACACAGCCGGCCACGGAGACUCGAGAAACAAGUGCAACGGCGCACUACAGUCCAGCGACUCCCCAGCCGGCCGCAUAACUCUACAAACGAGUGCAUCGGAAGCGGGCCCAAUGCAACUUCGGCGCUUGGUUCCGCCAAUUUCAUCGAGGGCGAAAAUGACUACCAGGGACUGCAAUAGCGACGGAGGGGAAUCGCAUGGUAAGACUGGAGACACCCCUGGGAAUACAGCGCCGUCAUGUGGAUCAGUUGCGGACACGACUAGCGGAAGUGCCAACGCAAAGGGAGAAUGCAACAAAGCUCGGCCGCAGUUCAGCGGAAACACAGCCGGCCACGGAGACUCGAGAAACAAGUGCAACGGCGCACUACAGUCCAGCGACUCCCCAGCCGGCCGCAUAACUCUACAAACGAGUGCAUCGGAAGCGGGCCCAAUGCAACUUCGGCGCUUGGUUCCGCCAAUUUCAUCGAGGGCGAAAAUGACUACCAGGGACUGCAAUAGCGACGGAGGGGAAUCGCAUGGUAAGACUGGAGACACCCCUGGGAAUACAGCGCCGUCAUGUGGAUCAGUUGCGGACACGACUAGCGGAAGUGCCAACGCAAAGGGAGAAUGCAACAAAGCUCGGCCGCAGUUCAGCGGAAACACAGCCGGCCACGGAGACUCGAGAAACAAGUGCAACGGCGCACUACAGUCCAGCGACUCCCCAGCCGGCCGCAUAACUCUACAAACGAGUGCAUCGGAAGCGGGCCCAAUGCAACUUCGGCGCUUGGUUCCGCCAAUUUCAUCGAGGGCGAAAAUGACUACCAGGGACUGCAAUAGCGACGGAGGGGAAUCGCAUGGUAAGACUGGAGACACCCCUGGGAAUACAGCGCCGUCAUGUGGAUCAGUUGCGGACACGACUAGCGGAAGUGCCAACGCAAAGGGAGAAUGCAACAAAGCUCGGCCUCAGUUCAGCGGAAACACAGCCGGCCACGGAGACUCGAGAAACAAGUGCAACGGCGCACUACAGUCCAGCGACUCCCCAGCCGGCCGCAUAACUCUACAAACGAGUGCAUCGGAAGCGGGCCCAAUGCAACUUCGGCGCUUGGUUCCGCCAAUUUCAUCGAGGGCGAAAAUGACUACCAGGGACUGCAAUAGCGACGGAGGGGAAUCGCAUGGUAAGACUGGAGACACCCCUGGGAAUACAGCGCCGUCAUGUGGAUCAGUUGCGGACACGACUAGCGGAAGUGCCAACGCAAAGGGAGAAUGCAACAAAGCUCGGCCGCAGUUCAGCGGAAACACAGCCGGCCACGGAGACUCGAGAAACAAGUGCAACGGCGCACUACAGUCCAGCGACUCCCCAGCCGGCCGCAUAACUCUACAAACGAGUGCAUCGGAAGCGGGCCCAAUGCAACUUCGGCGCUUGGUUCCGCCAAUUUCAUCGAGGGCGAAAAUGACUACCAGGGACUGCAAUAGCGACGGAGGGGAAUCGCAUGGUAAGACUGGAGACACCCCUGGGAAUACAGCGCCGUCAUGUGGAUCAGUUGCGGACACGACUAGCGGAAGUGCCAACGCAAAGGGAGAAUGCAACAAAGCUCGGCCUCAGUUCAGCGGAAACACAGCCGGCCACGGAGACUCGAGAAACAAGUGCAACGGCGCACUACAGUCCAGCGACUCCCCAGCCGGCCGCAUAACUCUACAAACGAGUGCAUCGGAAGCGGGCCCAAUGCAACUUCGGCGCUUGGUUCCGCCAAUUUCAUCGAGGGCGAAAAUGACUACCAGGGACUGCAAUAGCGACGGAGGGGAAUCGCAUGGUAAGACUGGAGACACCCCUGGGAAUACAGCGCCGUCAUGUGGAUCAGUUGCGGACACGACUAGCGGAAGUGCCAACGCAAAGGGAGAAUGCAACAAAGCUCGGCCGCAGUUCAGCGGAAACACAGCCGGCCACGGAGACUCGAGAAACAAGUGCAACGGCGCACUACAGUCCAGCGACUCCCCAGCCGGCCGCAUAACUCUACAAACGAGUGCAUCGGAAGCGGGCCCAAUGCAACUUCGGCGCUUGGUUCCGCCAAUUUCAUCGAGGGCGAAAAUGACUACCAGGGACUGCAAUAGCGACGGAGGGGAAUCGCAUGGUAAGACUGGAGACACCCCUGGGAAUACAGCGCCGUCAUGUGGAUCAGUUGCGGACACGACUAGCGGAAGUGCCAACGCAAAGGGAGAAUGCAACAAAGCUCGGCCGCAGUUCAGCGGAAACACAGCCGGCCACGGAGACUCGAGAAACAAGUGCAACGGCGCACUACAGUCCAGCGACUCCCCAGCCGGCCGCAUAACUCUACAAACGAGUGCAUCGGAAGCGGGCCCAAUGCAACUUCGGCGCUUGGUUCCGCCAAUUUCAUCGAGGGCGAAAAUGACUACCAGGGACUGCAAUAGCGACGGAGGGGAAUCGCAUGGUAAGACUGGAGACACCCCUGGGAAUACAGCGCCGUCAUGUGGAUCAGUUGCGGACACGACUAGCGGAAGUGCCAACGCAAAGGGAGAAUGCAACAAAGCUCGGCCUCAGUUCAGCGGAAACACAGCCGGCCACGGAGACUCGAGAAACAAGUGCAACGGCGCACUACAGUCCAGCGACUCCCCAGCCGGCCGCAUAACUCUACAAACGAGUGCAUCGGAAGCGGGCCCAAUGCAACUUCGGCGCUUGGUUCCGCCAAUUUUAUCGAGGGAGAAAAUGGCUACCAGGGACUGCAAUAGCGACGGAGGGGAAUCGCAUGGUAAGUCUGGAGACACCCCUGGGAAUACAGCGCCGUCAUGUGGAUCAGUUGCGGACACGACUAGCGGAAGUGCCAACGCAAAGGGAGAAUGCAACAAAGCUCGGCCUCAGUUCAGCGGAAACACAGCCGGCCACGGAGACUCGAGAAACAAGUGCAACGGCGCACUACAGUCCAGCGACUCCCCAGCCGGCCGCAUAACUCUACAAACGAGUGCAUCGGAAGCGGGCCCAAUGCAACUUCGGCGCUUGGUUCCGCCAAUUUCAUCGAGGGCGAAAAUGACUACCAGGGACUGCAAUAGCGACGGAGGGGAAUCGCAUGGUAAGACUGGAGACACCCCUGGGAAUACAGCGCCGUCAUGUGGAUCAGUUGCGGACACGACUAGCGGAAGUGCCAACGCAAAGGGAGAAUGCAACAAAGCUCGGCCUCAGUUCAGCGGAAACACAGCCGGCCACGGAGACUCGAGAAACAAGUGCAACGGCGCACUACAGUCCAGCGACUCCCCAGCCGGCCGCAUAACUCUACAAACGAGUGCAUCGGAAGCGGGCCCAAUGCAACUUCGGCGCUUGGUUCCGCCAAUUUCAUCGAGGGCGAAAAUGACUACCAGGGACUGCAAUAGCGACGGAGGGGAAUCGCAUGGUAAGACUGGAGACACCCCUGGGAAUACAGCGCCGUCAUGUGGAUCAGUUGCGGACACGACUAGCGGAAGUGCCAACGCAAAGGGAGAAUGCAACAAAGCUCGGCCGCAGUUCAGCGGAAACACAGCCGGCCACGGAGACUCGAGAAACAAGUGCAACGGCGCACUACAGUCCAGCGACUCCCCAGCCGGCCGCAUAACUCUACAAACGAGUGCAUCGGAAGCGGGCCCAAUGCAACUUCGGCGCUUGGUUCCGCCAAUUUCAUCGAGGGCGAAAAUGACUACCAGGGACUGCAAUAGCGACGGAGGGGAAUCGCAUGGUAAGACUGGAGACACCCCUGGGAAUACAGCGCCGUCAUGUGGAUCAGUUGCGGACACGACUAGCGGAAGUGCCAACGCAAAGGGAGAAUGCAACAAAGCUCGGCCUCAGUUCAGCGGAAACACAGCCGGCCACGGAGACUCGAGAAACAAGUGCAACGGCGCACUACAGUCCAGCGACUCCCCAGCCGGCCGCAUAACUCUACAAACGAGUGCAUCGGAAGCGGGCCCAAUGCAACUUCGGCGCUUGGUUCCGCCAAUUUCAUCGAGGGCGAAAAUGACUACCAGGGACUGCAAUAGCGACGGAGGGGAAUCGCAUGGUAAGACUGGAGACACCCCUGGGAAUACAGCGCCGUCAUGUGGAUCAGUUGCGGACACGACUAGCGGAAGUGCCAACGCAAAGGGAGAAUGCAACAAAGCUCGGCCGCAGUUCAGCGGAAACACAGCCGGCCACGGAGACUCGAGAAACAAGUGCAACGGCGCACUACAGUCCAGCGACUCCCCAGCCGGCCGCAUAACUCUACAAACGAGUGCAUCGGAAGCGGGCCCAAUGCAACUUCGGCGCUUGGUUCCGCCAAUUUCAUCGAGGGCGAAAAUGACUACCAGGGACUGCAAUAGCGACGGAGGGGAAUCGCAUGGUAAGACUGGAGACACCCCUGGGAAUACAGCGCCGUCAUGUGGAUCAGUUGCGGACACGACUAGCGGAAGUGCCAACGCAAAGGGAGAAUGCAACAAAGCUCGGCCGCAGUUCAGCGGAAACACAGCCGGCCACGGAGACUCGAGAAACAAGUGCAACGGCGCACUACAGUCCAGCGACUCCCCAGCCGGCCGCAUAACUCUACAAACGAGUGCAUCGGAAGCGGGCCCAAUGCAACUUCGGCGCUUGGUUCCGCCAAUUUUAUCGAGGGCGAAAAUGACUACCAGGGACUGCAAUAGCGACGGAGGGGAAUCGCAUGGUAAGACUGGAGACACCCCUGGGAAUACAGCGCCGUCAUGUGGAUCAGUUGCGGACACGACUAGCGGAAGUGCCAACGCAAAGGGAGAAUGCAACAAAGCUCGGCCUCAGUUCAGCGGAAACACAGCCGGCCACGGAGACUCGAGAAACAAGUGCAACGGCGCACUACAGUCCAGCGACUCCCCAGCCGGCCGCAUAACUCUACAAACGAGUGCAUCGGAAGCGGGCCCAAUGCAACUUCGGCGCUUGGUUCCGCCAAUUUCAUCGAGGGCGAAAAUGGACUACCAGGGACUGCAAUAG